AUGAAUCGUCUAGUGUUAGCGUUCGGUAUCGUCUGCCUGUUGCAGGGACUCUCGGCGGAACCUCGACCGGAAUAUGGCCUUUCCUUCACCAUCAGGAACAGUGAUAAGAUAACAGCGGUGGCAACCAACGUAGGCAACAUCGUUGACACAUUCGACAUUACGACAUACACUCCUACCUCGGGCUACACCAAACUUUCUGAUACGCAAGGCGUACUUGAUGGCAUUAUCGGCGGUUUGCAGGGCUAUAUCAAUCCAAUCCUCGACGGCUAUACCGCUUUGGUUGCUGCCACUGAUGGUGAUGUGGACGCUGCAUUCGCGGAUAUCCUAGCCGCCAUUUCAGAUGCACUAGCUUACCUGCAGGGAUCCGAUGUUGCAGGUGUCUCUACGACGCUAAAUGGAUUAGACUACAAUGGCAUUUCCAAUCAAUUUGAAGACGAGGUGCAACGUGUCACGGCAGGAGUGAGCACGCUGCAAAACGAGGUUACAAAUGUGAAGGCCAAAAUCGUUGCAGCAGUGACUGCUGCCGGUAGCGACCCUGUUACCGCUGCCAUUCUGCGGACCACGCUGACGCUGAGUGACAUGUACAACUUUUUGGAGGCUGCCAGCAACCUGCAAGCCUUCCUACCCCUGUUUGAGUACAUUAUCUCCACCGCGGACAGCAACGUAGAGGAGGCUGACACUUACAUCAACAACUUACAGGACGAGCUGGAUACCGUCACCUCAAACGCCGAAGAUGACUAUACGGAUGAAAUUGAUAACAUUACUAGCGACGUCGAAGCAACCCUGAUCGAUGGAUUAGGCGAUAUCUACGAUGCAUAUGCCGACAUUUCAGGUGGCCUCAGUAGUAGGACGGUAUCAGCAACGGCUACCGGCUUCGGUGAUCUAGGAGACAUUAUUGACCUGUUCGUCGACACGUUUUCAACUAGUGCUCUGGAUGCAGCAAGUGGUCCGUUGGAUACUGAGAUUUCCAAUUAUAUUACCGAGGUCGGAGAUUACGUCUCAACUACGUCUGACCCAAUUGAAGUUAAGGACAAUCCGCUCGUCCAAUUGCUGGUAGACACGCUUAUCGGCAAUCUCGAAUACGGACCCUACUGUUACCACAAGUACAAGGAUUUGGUGGAGAACUUACUGUCCCAAGGAAGCGACGAUGGCUUUUUAUGCGUCGACAAGGAGUACAUUCGUCUGUUGCAUCUGCAGGAUACGCUAGAGCUCAUUUUGGAUUUGCUGGCAUUCGACUACGAGAACAUCGAAGCCGAACUAGAUGUGUGUGAAUCGGUGGGCGCCGACACUACCCAGAACAACGACUGCAUCGUGGCGCUCACGGGCUACUACACGGAUCUGCAAGACGCUACCGAGAGGAAACGCGAUCUGGCCUUCCUGCUGGCUAAGGGUGAGAUCGUGGCGAGCAAGAACCGUCUGCUGAUCUGUAUGGAACUGGUGUUCAUCGACUUCUCCGUGACGCAAGUUGAUUUGCUUACGACCGAUCUGGAAAAUUGUGCCGAUGAUGGCCCCACUGGAACACUGGAAUAA